GCAAAAUCAGCCCGCCCUCCUCCCCCUACGCCGCCGCCCUCCCUUCCUCGCGCGGCUCCGCUAGCUCAGCUCAGCUCCGCGCGGCGCAGCUCGGCAGCCGCCAAGGCGAGACCCGCACGGUCUCCCGGUUGCUGGCGCCGGCUCCGAGCUCCCGCUCCCCGCCCGGGCUCCGCCAGGUCUCGCUUCUCCGGGGACCCCUUCGGGCAGGCGUCGCGUGGCGAGGACGGGCGGCAGCGGCACAAAGUUGAGCGCCCGCGAGGAUGAGGCUGUCCCCAGAGCCCCUGAGGCUGAGUCGGAGUCCAGCGCUGCUGGCCCUGGCGCUGCCCCUGGCCGCGGCGCUGGCCUUCUCCGACGAGACCCUGGACAAAGUGCCCAAGUCGGAGGGCUACUGCAGCCGCAUCCUGCGCGCCCAGGGCACGCGGCGCGAGGGCUACACCGAGUUCAGCCUCCGCGUGGAGGGCGACCCCGACUUCUACAAGCCGGGAACCAGCUACCGUGUAACGCUUUCAGCUGCCCCUCCUUCCUACUUCAGAGGAUUCACCUUAAUUGCCCUCAAAGAGAACAGAGAGGGUGAUAAGGAAGAAGACCACGCUGGGACCUUCCAGAUCAUAGAUGAAGAAGAAACACAGUUUAUGAGUAACUGCCCCGUUGCGGUCACUGAAAGUACCCCACGGAGGAGGACACGGAUCCAGGUGUUCUGGAUAGCACCACCAGCAGGAACAGGCUGUGUGAUUCUCAAGGCCAGCAUCGUACAGAAACGCAUCAUUUAUUUCCAAGAUGAGGGCUCUCUGACCAAGAAACUUUGUGAACAAGAUUCCAUGUUUGACGGGGUGACUGACAAACCAAUCUUAGACUGCUGUGCCUGUGGAACUGCCAAGUACAGACUCACAUUUUAUGGGAAUUGGUCCGAGAAGACGCACCCAAAGGAUUACCCUCGUCGGGCCAAUCACUGGUCUGCAAUCAUUGGUGGAUCCCACUCCAAGAAUUACGUGCUGUGGGAGUACGGAGGCUAUGCGAGCGAAGGUGUCAAACAAGUUGCAGAAUUGGGCUCACCCGUGAAAAUGGAGGAAGAAAUUCGGCAACAGAGUGAUGAGGUCCUCACCGUCAUCAAAGCCAAAGCUCAGUGGCCAGCCUGGCAGCCUCUCAAUGUGAGAGCCGCACCCUCGGCUGAAUUUUCAGUGGACAGGACGCGCCACUUGAUGUCCUUCCUGACCAUGAUGGGCCCCAGCCCCGACUGGAACGUGGGCCUGUCUGCAGAGGAUCUGUGCACCAAGGAGUGCGGCUGGGUCCAGAAGGUGGUGCAGGACCUGAUCCCCUGGGACGCUGGCACUGACAGCGGGGUGACCUAUGAGUCACCCAACAAGCCCACAAUUCCCCAGGAGAAAAUCCGGCCCCUGACCAGUCUGGACCAUCCUCAGAGUCCUUUUUACGAUCCAGAGGGCGGGUCUAUCACUCAAGUGGCCAGAGUUGUCAUCGAGAGAAUCGCCCGGAAGGGCGAACAAUGCAAUAUUGUGCCCGACAAUGUCGAUGAUAUUGUAGCAGAUCUGGCUCCAGAAGAGAAAGAUGAAGAUGACACCCCCGAAACCUGCAUCUACUCCAACUGGUCCCCGUGGUCCGCCUGCAGCUCCUCCACCUGUGACAAAGGCAAGAGGAUGCGGCAGCGCAUGCUGAAGGCGCAGCUGGACCUCAGUGUCCCCUGCCCUGACACCCAGGACUUCCAGCCCUGCAUGGGCCCGGGCUGCAGCGAUGAAGACGGCUCCACCUGCACCAUGUCCGAGUGGAUCACCUGGUCACCCUGCAGCAUCUCCUGUGGCAUGGGCAUGCGGUCCCGGGAGAGGUAUGUGAAGCAGUUCCCUGAGGAUGGCUCUGUGUGCACGCUGCCCACCGAGGAGACGGAGAAGUGCACAGUCAACGAGGAGUGCUCUCCCAGCAGCUGCCUGGUGACCGAGUGGGGUGAGUGGGAUGAGUGCAGCGCCACCUGCGGGAUGGGCAUGAAGAAGCGGCACCGCAUGGUCAAGAUGAGCCCAGCGGACGGCUCCAUGUGCAAGGCCGAGACAUCCCAGGCAGAGAAGUGCAUGAUGCCCGAGUGUCAUACCAUCCCCUGCUUGCUGUCAGCAUGGUCGGAGUGGAGUGACUGCAGUGUGACCUGUGGGAAGGGCAUGCGGACCCGCCAGCGGAUGCUCAAGUCUCUGGCCGAACUCGGGGACUGUAAUGAGGAGCUGGAGCAGGUGGAAAAGUGCAUGCUGCCUGAAUGCCCCGUUGACUGUGAGCUCACCGAGUGGUCCCAAUGGUCAGCGUGUAACAAGUCCUGUGGGAAAGGCCACAUGAUUCGAACCCGGAUGAUCGAAAUGGAGCCUCAGUUUGGAGGUGCACCCUGCCCAGAGACUGUGCAGCGGAAAAAGUGCCGCAUCCGGAAAUGUCUGAAAAAUCCAUCCAUCCAGAAGCUGCGCUGGAGGGAGGCCCGAGAGAGCCGGAGGAGUGACCAGCUGCGGGAAGAGUCUGAUGGCGAGCAGUUCCCAGGCUGUAGGAUGCGCCCGUGGACAGCCUGGUCAGAGUGCACCAAACUGUGUGGCGGCGGGAUCCAGGAACGCUACAUGACUGUCAAGAAGAGGUUCAAAAGCUCCCAGUUUAGCAGCUGCAAGGACAAGAAGGAGAUCAGAGCGUGCAAUGUGCACCCUUGUUAGCCAGGGUCUAAGUGGUCCAGGGCUGCACCCUAGAUCUGCACAGUCGCCGAUGGCUGGAGUGUCUGUUUGCUUGUUGUUUAAGGCAAUUUAAAUCGUAUCCACUAGUCUUCAUUUCUGCAGUCUGGUUUGCCCAGUAGUCUUGUGGAGGCCGGGGACCUCCUUUCUGUCCAUGGCUUGGUAGGCACAGGCUGCGUGGGGCUCCCUCCUCCCCUGCUGGCCCUCCUCCAGCACAGAAGACGUGUCAGCAACCCCUGUCCUCAACGGAAAUGUG